UAUUUCCCUUUUCGAGUGACUCCUUGUGUUAGAUGUAGACACGAGGAGUUGCUAUAGCUGCCCUUUUCCAGGCCCUUCUGUGAUAUUGAAAAAAGCCUUACCCCAAUUUAGGACGAUGAUUUAGAAACCUAUCUUCUCCAGAACUACUUUGAAUAAGUUCAUGAUAUGGUGAAGCAAGGAGAUGGGAUAUGGGAAUGAUUGAGUUGUUUUAAGAAUGAGGGUAGGCCAGUGGAUGUUGUCCGCAUGAUAGUUUGAUCCACAAGAUUAGGAUGCAUGGGAUCAAAGGUGACCUGGAUGCUUUGUGGUGGAAGGAUGUUAUUCUGGCUGGAGGUCUGUGACCAGUGGAGUUCGGCAGGGAUCUUUGCUGAGAUCUGUUGUCUGUGAUUUAUAUAAAUGGUUUGGAUGUAAAUGUAGAUGGAUUGGUCAGUAAGUUUGCAGACAGCACUGUCAAAAUAUACGGUGGGAUGUAGAUCAGAUAUAGAAAGGUGCAGAGAAAUGACACGUGGAGUUUAAUCUGAGCAAGUGUGUUGUUACACAUUGGGUGGUCGAAUGUAAGGAGAAAGUUCUUGCAAUGGCAGGAUCCUGAACAGAAUUGAUGUUCAGAAUUAAUGUUCAAGUCCAUAGCUCCCUGAAAGUGGCAACACAAAUAGAUAAUGGUAAAGAAGGCGUAUGGUAUGUUUCCCUUCAAUGGUUACGGCAUUGAGUAUAAGAGUCAGGAAGUCGUAUUGCAACUUUAUUGGACUUUGGUUAGGCCCCAUCUGAAGUAUUGUGUGCAGUUCUGGUUGUCCCUUUACUGGAAGGAUGUGGAGGCUUUGGAGAGGGUGCAGAAGAGGUUUACCAGAAUGCUUCCUGGAUUGGAUGGCAUUAGCUAUGAGGAAAGGUAGACACGCAGAGAUUGUUUUUUCUGGAGCAUCAGAGUGUAUACAAUUAUGAAAGACAGUUAAGGUGAGAGGGGCAAUACUUAGAGGAUAUGUGCAGGGCAAUUUUUUUUUUGUGUGCAGAAUGGUGGGCUGGAACUUGCAGAAGAUACAAUAAUGACAUGCAAGGGGCUUUUAGGUAGGAACUUGGAUAUGAAUAGGGAUAGGCAGAGGUUCUGUUCUCUUUAUCUAUUGACCACAGAAGGAGUGUGGUCAAUGUCACCAGCUUGGUGCCCUGGACAGAGGAUGUGCUGUCAGGAGAAAGAUCAACCAGACUGGGAUGGCGUGCUCUAGUUUAGAAAAAGGACAGAAAAUCUCAAACUUUGAUAAUUCUUCAAAGGCUAAAACAUCCGGAUGCACAAAGGUUAAAGUCCAGAAGGAUGGGAGAGUAGAAUAAGGGACAGGUUGCCUUGGACUAGGUGAGAAAUUUCUUCUCCAAGGGUGGUGAACAUUGGAAUUGUUGAACCCAGAUGGGCUGGAGGCUCCGUCAUCAAGUUCGUUCAUAGAUUCAUACUUAAAUAGUUCAAGUUGAUUUUAUUGGCAUACACAUGAAGUGAGUUAUAGGAAAAAUUUAACCUUGCUUGCAGAUACAGGCACACAGACUCAGAUAACAUACAAAUCAAAUUAUACAAAUAUAAUAAAAUGCAAAACGUCUAGAAUUUGUACAAAAACAUAGUUAAAGAAAAAGUCCAUGGUAGUGCAAGAGGUGGUCUGCGAUGUUUUGUUAUGUGUCGGUUGCGGAGCUAGGAUUGGGGUUAUAGGAUUGUAGGUGUUCUUGAAACGACCUAUAGUGCCCUCCAUAAUGUUUGGGACAACGACCCAUCAUUUAUUUAUUUGCCUCUGUACUCCAACAUUUGAGAUAUGGAACAGAAAAAAAUCACAUCUGCACAUUGUCAGAUUUUAAUAGCCGUUUUUACACAUUUUAGUUUCACCAUGUAGAAAUUACAGCAGUGUUUAUACAUGUCCCCACAUUUCAGGGCACCAUAAUGUUCGGGACACAGCAAUGUCAUGUAAAUGAAAGUAGUCAUGUUUAAUAUUUUGUUGCAUAUCUUUUGCAUGCAAUGACUGCUUGAAGUCUGCAAUUCAUGGACAUCACCAGUUGCUGGGUGUCUUCUCUGGUGAUGCUCUGCCAGGCCUGUAUUGCAGCCAUCUUUAGCUUAUGUUUGUUUUGGAGGCUAGCACCCUUCAUUUUUUACUUCAGCAUGUGAAAGGCAUGUUCCAUUGGGUUCAGAUCGGGUGACUGACUUGGCCACUCCAGAAUUUAUCGUUUUUUAGCUUUGAAAAACUCCUUUGAUGCUUUAGCAGUAUGGGAUCAUUGUCUUGAUACAAUUAGGGAUCAUUGUCUUGCUGUACAAUGAACCGCCGGCCAAUGAGUUUUGAAGCAUUUGUUUGAACUUGAGCAGAGAGGAUGUGUCUAUACACUUCAGAAUUCAUUAUGCUACUACCACCAGCAGUUGUAUCAUCAAUGAAGAUAAUUGAGCCAGUACCUUCAGCAGCUUUUGAUCUUGACAGUUCCUUCUCUCCUCCAUACUUUGCUCUUGCCAUCACUCUAAGUUAAUCUUCGUCUCAUCUGUCCACAAGACCAUUUUCUAGAACUGUGGUUCCUCUUUUAAGUACUUCUUGGCAAACUGUAACCCGGCCAUCAUAUUUUUGCAGCUAACCAGUGGUUUGCAUCUUGAAAACCACAUAGCCGCUGCAUUUCUGUUCAUGAAGUCUUCUGCGGACAGUGGUCAUUGACAAAUCCACACCUGACUCCUGAAGAGUGUUUCUGAUCUGUCGGACAGGUGUUUGGGGAUUUUUCUUUAUUAUAGAGAAUUUUUCUGUUAUCAGCUGUGGAGGUUAUCCGUGGCCUGCCAGUCCCUUUGUGAUUAGUAAACUCACCAGUGCUCUUUCUUCUUAAUGAUGUUCCAUACAGUUGGUUUUGGUAAGCCUACGGUUUGGCUGAUGUCUCUAACAGUUUUAUUCUUGUUUCUCAGUUUCAUAAUGGCUUCUUUGACUUGCAUUGGUACAACUUUGGUCCUCAUGUUGACAAACAGCAAUAUAAGUUUCCAAAUGUGAUGGAAGGACUAGGUGCUGAGAGCUCUCUUAUACCUGCAUUAAGGAGGCAAUUAAACACCUGAGCAAUUACAAACGCCUUUGAAGCCCCAAACAUUAUGGUGCCCUGAAGUGAAGGGACCAUGUAUAAACACAGCUGUAAUUUCUACAUGGUGAAACCAAAAUGUGUAAAAAUAGCCUUUAAUAAAAUCUGACAAUGUGCACUUUAACCACAUGUGAUUUUUUUUUCUCUAUUACAAAUCUCAAAUUGUGGCAAAAUAAAUAAAUGAUGGGUCUUUGUCCCAAACAUUAUGGAGGGCACUGUAUAUCAGCCAUGAUUGAAUGGUGGACAAGAUGUGAUGGGCGAAAGGCCUAAUUCUGCUCCUAUCACUUCUGAAAUUAUGAACCUGGUUGUGUGGGACUUCAGGCUUCUGUACUUCCUGCCCGAUGGUGGCAGUGAGAAGAGAGCAUGGCCCAGAUCCCUGAUGAUAGUUGUUUUCCUCUGAAGGAGUUUUCAAUGUUGUUGAGGGUUCUGCCUGUGAUGGACUGGACUAAGUCCAUCACUCUCUGCAGGCUCGGCCUGUUUCCAUGUUGACCAAUAUGCCCAUCUACGCUUGACCCAUUCACCUGUAUUUGACCCACAUCCCUCUAUUUCUUUCCUAUCCAUGCACGUAUCUAAAUUUUGUUAACCUUAAAAAUCAAAACAGAUCAUCAGAUUUCUGGACAUUAAGUAAAUCAGGGAUAUGGGGAGAGCGAUGGAGGAUGAAACUGAGGAAGAUCAACCGUGAUAUCUGAAUGGUAGCGCAGGCUUGAGGACUACUCCUGCUAAUUCUUAUGGGUCAGUGUAGCAGGAGCUUCGCUCUCCCCAAUGCUGGGAAUGACUGAGUGGGAGCCUCAUUCUGUGUCUGCAUCUGAUCCUGGGAGUGUGUGAUGGGACAGUGUAGAGGGAGCCUCGUUCUGUUUGCAUGCCACGACUGAGAACCCUUGUCAAGGGUGUGGUGAGUCCGGCGAUCCGACGUGGUUGUGUGGUCUGUGGUACCAAUCUCUGCAAGUGGUGCAGGGUGACGCGGAGUGAAUGAGCGCGAUGUGUUCGGUGAAUGGGGAGAAAUAUUUGUGGGUCGAGUGGGGCCCUUGUGAAUGAUGGGGGUGUAUGCCCGGCGGGAUUCACAGCCUGAGCCCGCUCCUCUUUGUUCCUCGCAGGUGGGGUGCUUGGACAUUGUCCACCCGGCGGCCUGGGGCCCAGGGCGGUGAAGGAUGGAGUGGCUAGUGUCCGGCGCGGAGCGGGAGCUGGGCAUCGAGCGGCGGCAGCUGGCGCUGGGCGAGGGCCGUCAGCUGGUUGCCCUGGUGCCGGCGCGCUGGGCCGGUAGCCUGCGGCAGGGCUGGCCGGGCCCCUGCCCCCGGCCUGAAGGUCUGAGCACGGCCGAGCUCUCCGCCCUGCUGCAGCGCUCAAAUUACAAGCUGCCGGCCGGCUGGACCCGCGUCUCCAUCCAGGGCGUGCGGAAGAGACGGCUGUCCCGCUGGCAGCCGCCAGAGGCCGGCGCUGGGCCGCCCGACCUCGACUCCCUCUGCGGGUUCAUGAGCCAUGUGGCCGAGCAGAACUUCCGCAACCUGUGGCGCGAAGCGCAUGCGCACUGCGCAGCCGCAGGGCGGUGCAGAACAAGGAACAAGGCCACGGCCACAUCCGCGUCACAGACCCCGUUAAUGUCCCAUGCCACGCCCACAUCCGCGUCACAGACCACGACCACGUCAUAUGGCACGCCCACUUACUCGUCACAGACACCGCCCACGUCGCAGGCCACGCCCGAAUCUACGUCACAAUUCACGACACCCGACCUCUCCAACCAGCCCACGAAUCCUAAUUUGGCUCCACCCACCUCGACGUCACAUUGCACGUCCACCCCCUCGUCACAAGCCACGCCCACCGCCACCUAUUUCCCGCCAACAGCCGCGGCCCUGCCUACCCACACAUCACGGGCCGCUUCACUCGACGCCUUCAAGGCCGCCCUCAGUCGGGCGCUGGGCUGCAGCUUAGUGCGGGUGGAGGCGCAUGAGGGCGGCCCGUCACUAGCCCCCGCCCCAAGGCCUAUCCACCCCAACCUGCUGCCGGCCCACGCCCUGCUGGAGACGACCGAGGCCCUGUACCUGGUGCAGCAGCUCCCCUGCUACACCCUGCGGGAUGCCGUCACCUUCAGCCCCGCCAAGCUGGCUGGCAGCCACGCCAAGGUGCUCUUCGUGCUGUACCAGGCCCUGCAGGCGCUCCGGGCCUGUCACCGGGAGGGGCUGGCUGUCGGCGGCCUCACGCUGGCACACCUGGCGCUGGACGAGAAGCUCUUCACCCAGGUGCGCCUCAACCUCGGCGACUACGAAGGGGAUGACGACGACGAGGAGGAGGAGGAGGAACAGCAGCAACAGCCGGAGGAAGACGAAGCGGGGGCCUUGGAGCCCAGCUCGGAGCCCCGGGACCUGCGGGAGCUGGUGACCGGCUGGGUGCAGGGCCGGGUCAGUAACUUUGCCUAUUUGAUGGGUGUGAACAGGCUGGCGGGCCGACGGUCGGGCGAUCCCAACUACCACCCGGUGCUGCCUUGGGUGGUGGACUUCAGCAGCCCGCACGGCGGCUUCCGCGACCUGCGCAAGUCCAAGUUCCGCCUGACCAAGGGCGACAAGCAGCUGGACUUCACCUACCAGAUGGCGCGAGAGGCGCUGUGGGCGGAGGCCGGGGGCCCCGGCGCGCGCGUGCACGUGCCGCACCACAUCCCCGACGUGCUGAGUGACAUCACCUACUACGUGUACACGGCCCGGCGUGCGCCGCGCGCGCUCCUCUGCCGCCACGUGCGCGCGCAGUGGGAGCCGCACGAGUACCCGGGCAGCGUGGAGCGAAUGGCGGCCUGGACACCCGACGAGUGCAUCCCCGAGUACUACAGCCAGCCCGCCCUGUUCCAGUCGCUGCACCCCGACAUGGCCGACCUCCAGCUGCCCGCCUGGUGCACCCAAGGCCCCGCCGCCUUCGUGGCCGCGCACCGCCGCCUGCUCGAGUCGCGGGAGGUGUCGCAGGAACUGCACCACUGGCUCGACCUCACCUUCGGCUACAGGCUGUCGGGCCGGGAGGCCGUGCGGGCCAAGAACAUCUGCCUGCCAUUGGUCGACGCCCACACCCACCUCACCUGCUACGGGGUGGUGCAGCUCUUCGACCAGCCGCACCCACAGCGCAUGAUGGGCCCGGCCUGGGCCCUCGCCGAGCCCCCGGCCCUCACAGGCCGGCCCCAAGCAUGGCGCGGGCAGGGCCGGUCGGAUGGGGCGACGCCUGAGGAGGAGGAAGGGGCCCAGGCUCCGGUGGGGGAGGAAGAAGGGGCUGGGGAUCUAGAGGAGGGCACCGAGGCGCUCGAUUCCCUUUCGGCCUUGGACGGGCCCUCUGCCCCGUCCUUGGAUGUCCCUCCUGCCGGCCCUCCGCAGAGCAAGGCCUGGGGACCUGGCGAGAAGGAGGAGGGCCCGGUGCAUCUGCCCGAGGGCUUCAACCCACUGCAGGCCUUGGAGGAGCUGGAGAAGCUGAGCAACUUCCUGACGCGGGGCCUGCAGAGCUCUCCGCCGGAUCUCCCGGCCUGGGACGGGCCCACGAUCCCCAGCUUGUCCUGCCUGCUGCAGCGGGACAUGCAGUCCUUCGGGGUGCUGGUGGCCGAGAUCUUCUUCGCGCAGCGGCUGAGGCCGCUGGGCCUGGAGGCGUCGCUGCCCGAGCGCUUCCAGGCGGUGUGCAGGCUGGCGCAGUGCCGGCUGCGGGAAGUGGCCGAGCCCCUGCAGCAGGCCGUGCUUACCCUGCUCCAUCUGCAAGAGGAGAGGCCCGGCGCCUCGACCCAGCCCCCGCACCCCGCCCUCUUCCACUACCCGGCAGUUCUGGCGGGCCUGCCCCCGCCCAGCCCCGGCCUCCUGCUCAGUCCCUGCUGCCCCAUCAUCCCCUUCCCGGCCUACUUCCCCAGGCUGCACCGGCUGGCCUGCAACUUCUCAACCCCAGGCCAGGGCCUCCCGCUGGGCCGCGAGUUUGUCUUCUCCCUGUGGCAGCAGCUGGACAGGCUGCUGGAUGUGGUGGAGCCCGAGGGGCUGGAGAUUCUGCUGCCCUUCGUGAUGGAGCUGCUGUCAGCCGAGGGCACGGCUGUCUAUUCGGCCUGGUACCUGUUUGAGCCCUUGGCCCGGGCCUUGGGUCCGCGGGGGGCCCAGCGGUGUCUGCUCAGCCCCCUGGCCGGGGUGUACGAGAGGCCCGGGUACCUGCCUGGCCGCUUCUAUCUCUACACGGACUGCUUCGUGCUGCAACUGAUGGUCCGGCUGGGCCUUCAGCCCUUCCUCACCAGCCUCCUGCCCCACAUCCUGCAGGUGCUGACCGGGCAGGAGGGGACUGCCGAGGCCCAAGGGCUCGGAGGAGGGCCAGAGGAUGAGGCAGGGCUGUCCUACGGCAGCAGGGAGGGGAAGGAAGCAGCCGACUCUGGGUCCUACAUGGGCUGUGAGCUGUCGGAGGGCGAGGAGCCGCAGGGAGGAAUCUUUGGCGACGAGCAGGAGGCGGCUGGCCAGGCCAGGCCGAGCGACGGCAGCAGCAACGGCGAGGCCUCCGGCGAGGAGCAAGGCCCGGACUCUGAAACCAAGGACGGCAUGAUCCUCCCCUCCCCCGGGGGGCAGGACAUGGGUCUGGCUGGGGAGGAGGAGGAGGAGGAAGCAGCAGAGGAGGAGGGAGCGGAACAGGCAGCCCCUCUUUGCAUCACUCCCGAGGGCAGGCUGUGCGAGGUGCUGAGGGAGAGUGCCGAGCAGGAGCAGGAGCUGGAGGAGGAGGAGCUGACCGAGGGCAAGGAGCAGAAAAUAUUACUCGACACAGCCUGUAAGACGGUGAAGUGGCUAUCGGCAAAGCUGGGCCCCACCCUUUGCUCCCGGCACAUCGUCCGCAACCUUCUGCGCCUCCUCGUCACCUGCUACUUCGGGCCAGAGAAGCAGCAGUUUGUGUUGAAUGGAGAGGAGGACGUGCCGUGCGUGGGCAGUAUCUACAAGCACCGGCCAGUGCUGGGUGACCUGGUGGCACAGCCGGUGUUGGAGUGCCUGGUGUACGUGGCUCAGCUGUACGGCGAGCCGCUACUCACCUACCAGUGCCUGCCCUACGUAGCUUACCUGGUUGCCCCCAGCAACAGCCGGCGGUUGAACAGCCGGAAGGAGGCCAGCCUGCUGGCAGCAAUGGUGCUGAUGCAGAAGAUCAUUGUCUACCUGUCCGACACCACCCUGAUGGACAUCCUGCCCAAAGUCAACCAGGAUCUGCUGCUGCCCGUGCUGGAGGUUCUCACCUCCCCCUUCACCAGCUUCCCCGGGGGAGCCCAGGCCCGCUCGGUGCUGGGGGUGAAGACCCUCAGCCUCAUCGCACUGGUGUGCCUGCGGAUCGGCCAGGAGAUGGUGGUGCAGCACAUGAGCGAAACGUUGUGCCGCUUCUUCGAGGGAUUCUCCAUCAUGCCGGAGCAACGGGAGAAGGCGGGCGAGAGUGACACUCCCUGGCCAGGGACACCCGAGACCGAUGCCGCCGACUGGGAUCCUGCUGCUCUAGACGAGCUGGACGAGGUGUUCAGCCUGGAAAUGGCUUUCUCUGCCUACAUCCCAUUCAACUGCCUGAUCGGCGACACCACCAUUAGGCGGUUACUGCGGAACCACGAGCUGGUGUGGGGGAUGGCCGCCCGCUACCAGGAGGAAGUCAGUGGCCGUGGUGCCGAAACCCCACCACCCCCCUCGCCGGACACCGGUGACCCCUGGCCACGAUCCGGGCCGAGGGGUGAGGACGGGGCCAGCGGCACCUUCGGCAGCGCCAUGGUGGGUAACCGGAUCGAGAUUGGGCCGGGAGCACGACCUGCCUGGCUGCCUCUGUCCGGCGACCAGGAGCCCGGCUCACUGAAGCAGGAGCUGGGCCGCAGCGGGCGAUGCCUGGACGGCAACUGGCUGGCACACUGGCGCUAUGAGGUGGGGCGCGGGCAGCAGGACGGCCGCUUCCACUUCCACCAGAUCCGGCUGCAGACCUUCACCGGGCACACUGGCACUGUCCGCACCCUGGCACCACUGCCCAGCGAGGACUUCUUCCUGAGCACCGGGAGGGACCGCACUGUCCGACUCUGGCCCCUCUACAACCAGGGCGAUGGCACGGGCACCGUGGAGCCUCGACUCACAUACGCCCACCACCGCCGGCCCGUCUACUGUGCACAGCAGCUGGGAGCCCUGCAGCAGGUGGCCAGCUGUGACGGCACUGUGCACAUCUGGGACCAGUUCACAGGGAAACCAAUCCGGAUAUUUGACUGCUUUGACUCCCGGAAUCCGAUCACGGCGGUUGCCGCCAUGCCGGCCCCACACUGCAGCCUCCUGGUCGGCACGUCCGACUCCGUGCUCCACUUCAUCGACCCCCGCAAGUCCGGCCUGCAGCACGAGUUCCGUCUGGGCAUUAACGCCAGCGCGGGGCUGAUACGCUGCAUGGCGAUCAGUCCCAGUGGCCGCUCCGUCGCCGUGGGCUUUUCAUCGGGGUUCAUCUACCUGCUGGACACACGGACCGGCCUCAUCCUAAAAGUGUGGCCCGCGCACGAGAGCGAUAUCCUACAGCUGAAGUCGACGGAGGGGAAUGUGUUGGUCAGCUCCUCCACUGACCACUCGCUGACUGUGUGGAAGGAGAGCGAUCCCAAGCCGCUGCAGCAUUACAAGUCGCCCUCCGACCCGGUGCAUGCCUUCGAUCUCCACGGCCACGAGGUGGUGGCGGGCACCGUGGCCAACCGCAUUGGCAUCUACUCGCUGGAUGGCUCGGUGCCGGUGGCCACCAGCAAGCUGAGCUGGGAGAACUUCCGGGGAGUGUUGACCAGCCUGGCCAUGCUCCCUGCCAAGCGGCUGCUGCUGCUGGGCUCUGACAACGGCAUGAUCCGUCUGCUGGCCUAGACGGAGCCUGCCCUGGAUCACCGGCCAGGGAACACCUGUACCAAUCCAACAGCGGUGGUGGAGCAGGAAGACCACACUGUCCCAGACCCAGCAGUGCCAGCUCUCUCCAUGUCCUGCACGGAUCC